AUGGUUGACAAGCUCAAGAUCGCAAAGGUGGAGGAUGUCCAAGUACUAGCAGGAGGAGAGAUAUCUGUUGUCACUCUGCACUUGACACCACAUCAUCUCAUUCUGAUUCAGGCCCCUCCCCGCUUACCCCUCGGGGCGUCUCCUCCAAAGCGCCCAGCAAAGCCGAAAGAAAUAUGGAUAGCUUACCCGUUGAUAUCCUUAUGUACUUAUCGACCAACUCCACCAACCUCCAGCACCUCUUCCUCUCUACGGCUACGGUGUCGGGACUACCGAUUCGUGACGCUCAACUUUAUCGACGAUAAACAAGCUAGGGAUGUGUUUGAAAGCCUGAAGGCUUGUUCAUGCAAGUUGCGGGAUAUUGAAAACUUGCAUGCUUUCAACUACAAGCCACCGGGACCGGAGAAUGACAUAAACGGCUGGGAGGUAUACGACGCAAAGGCAGAAUGGAAACGACAAGGCAUCAGCGACAAAGGAGUGGACAGAGGUUGGAGAAUAUCCAGGAUCAAUAUAGAUUAUGGCUUCUCCCCAACUUAUCCGGCCCUUCUCCCCGUUCCAUCCAGCAUUUCAGACAACACCCUAAACUAUGCUGGCCGAUACCGUUCAAGGGUCCGCAUUCCAGUACUCACGUACCUUCACCCUAUCAACAAUUGCUCGAUAACGAGAAGCUCGCAGCCGCUCGCUGGUCUAAGAGGAAACCGCAGUAUCCAGGAUGAGAAACUCGUCAGUGCAUGCUUCUCUGCAUCUCCGCCCGGUGGUGACACCGAUUUUAACUCUUCGACUACCUCGAGAACCAGCCCAGCAUCUAGCCAAGUUGAACUUGAGCUACCGACUGCAGAUGAUGAGUUUGAUACGGAGCGAUUAGAAGAUGAAAUGAUUGCAUCCUCGACUCUUGAAAUUGUCACAGAUAAGCCGGUUGUCUAUGGAGCUCAACAGCACAACCUCAUUGUGGACGCGCGGCCUACCGUCAAUGCAUUAGCUAUGCAAGCUGUUGGCCUCGGCUCGGAGAACAUGGACCAUUAUAAGUUUGCUACCAAGGCAUACCUAGGUAUUGACAAUAUCCAUGUCAUGCGGGAAUCGUUAAACAAGGUCAUUGAGGCUAUCAAGGAUUCUGAUAUCUCAAAAUCACCACCCAAUAGGGACCUCCUUGCUAAGAGUGGAUGGAUUAAGCAUAUUACUGGGAUCCUAGAUGGUGCGUCUUUAAUCGCGCGACAAGUCGGAAUUCAACACUCUCAUGUCUUAAUACACUGUUCUGAUGGCUGGGACCGUACCAGUCAGCUGAGUGCUUUGGCACAGCUAUUACUAGACCCAUACUACAGGACAAUUGAUGGCUUUAUGGUCCUGAUCGAGAAAGACUGGCUAUCAUUUGGACAUAUGUUCCAGCUUCGAUGCGGAUUUCUAAGCAGUGACAAAUGGUUCAAAGUACAGAACGAUGCUCUGGCUGGAUCGGCUAUUCAACCCGGCGGGAGCGGCGAUGGGCGGAGUGAUGCGAUCGAGAACGCCCUCCUAAGUGCGAAACGUUUCUUUAACAAGAGCAGUCAAAAUUCAGAUCCCAUAUCUGAAUCAGAUGGCGAGGUUCUCGCAGAAGAUGCCCCCAAAGCAAAACGCGACAGUGCAAAAGACACACAAGCCACAAAGCUCAACGACCUCAGUCCCGUAUUCCAUCAAUUUCUCGACGCAACAUAUCAGCUCCUCCGUCAAUUCCCCACACGCUUCGAAUUCAAUGAGCGUUUCCUUCGCAGACUCUACUAUCAUCUCUAUUCUUGCCAGUACGGGACUUUCCUCUAUAAUAAUGAGAAAGCCCGCCUAGACGCUAAAGUCCAAGAGCGAACCCACAGCGUAUGGGGUUACUUCCUCUCUCGUCGCGGCGACUUCACGAAUCUCGAGUACGAUGGUGGCGAAAUCGACGAUAAUAUUAGGGGUAAAGAACGCCUUAUAUUCCCACGAUUGGACAAAGUCCGCUGGUGGAAUGAAGUCUUCAAUCGUACUGAAGAGGAGAUGAAUGGUCCUAGCAAUGCUGUUACCGAGAGGUAUCUAGCUCCUAGUCCUAGCAAUAGCAACGUGGGAGUAGGCCAUGGCGUGCUCACUGGUGUCGAAACUGCCUAUUCUACCCUUACAGCGAAAUCUACUCUCACGAGAGAUGCCUCCAGCGACGAUUCUGGCCCAUUUACUAGUUUGAGAGAAGGCAUCGCAGGAUUAGGCAUUGGAAGGGGGAGAGGAGCGGCGGGAACUUCUGCUGGAAGUGGGGGGAAGAGCCCUGCGAAUGGUGAUUUGAAGGACCUAGAGGUUGAGAUGCAAUGA